AUGCUCAAGCUCGCUGGAGACUCAACCUUGAUUGCUUGGUUGUCUUCUGCUCCGGCAUGGGAUCGAUCCUGUGGAAGUUCUCCAAGUCCGCAUAAACCAGCCAAGUGGUUUCCUGUCUCGGAGUCAACAAUAUUCGGGCUCGAGGCAGACUACCGUACCGGUAUUGAUACUGGCAUGGCACUUUCAGCCUCAGCCACCAAUCUCGGCAUGUCACCUACAACACCAUUUCGCUUAGUCACAGGUAGUGUUACUGGUAUCCAACUCGAGAAUUUAGGGCCUCUCCAGCCUAGCCCACCGUCAUCUGGGCUUACUGCUCCAUUGACGCCCUGUCCGGACUACUACUCGAGCUUCAACCCAGAGUUUACUGCUAAAUUCGAGAAUCUGGACGAGGAUAGUGUUUACGCGAAAUGUGAAGCUGCGCUUCUAAAUCACUCGACGAAGAAUUUUGUUGUCGAUUUCGGUGGGGAGCCAAAGAUCGAGUGUGGUGGGGCUUGGUGCGCUCUGGAUCUCGACUCUUCGAAGACGGAGACUUUGGAUAGCUUGAGGAAUCUUUUGAAACAAGAUAGGCCGAGGGAGUUACGCACUAGAUGGAUUAAUAUAUUCGCUCCGCAUACACAGAAGGAACUAGUCCAGACGAUUGCUGCCCACUAUGGGUUCACUUCUCGACAUACUAGUGUUCUUACAGCACCGCCGGCUGCGCACACCAAUAUCCCUGCUCAUCAGAAAUCUGUACUUUCUAUAAGAAAUAGAUUGUUCCACCGACAUCCUUCGGAUCCCUUGGAUAUUGAGGAUGGGAGCACGGCGGAUAGCUAUGCUAAUAUGGAGGCGGUAGCUAAUGCUGCUGCUCCUUUACCAAUACUACAGGGGGCUAGGAGGGGUGGACACAUGGAGAUUGUGAGCAAUGUUUGGCAUUGGCAUGCUGUUGAAUGGGGUGGAAGAUUCAUGUGCAUCGGAUUCAACUCACUACAUCAGAUGCCUAAAAGGAAAGCCCCGACUGACGAUAAUGAUGGGAACGGCGGCGAUGUCAAUCAAUGGCAUGAGGAUGAAGAUGGCCGAGUAGCCAUGGGUAAAGGGGAAAAUUACCCCGAUGGGAAACGACAAUGGGUAUGGUUAGUGCUCUGCGAUGAUGGUACUGUUCUGAGUUUACUUGAAGCCCCGGGAAGGGACGUUGGUGACCAAGGGUUGGCAAUCAUACGGAGGAACCUGGUCACAGUUUUCCGAUCGUUGUCCAGAUCCAGCACUGCUAUGGGAAAAGUAGCGAAUUCUGUGCAAACGGGGGGAAUGGAUGAAUUGCCUUUCAGAAGAAAUUUUGCUGAGGGCGGUGGAAGUGAGAAUGUCGAAAGUGGUCCGAGUCUCCUUUUCUAUUAUUUAUUUGACGAUUGGUACUCCUCCUUGGAGCUUGUAGUUGGCCGUGGAUAUCCGUAUAGUAAUCGUAUGCGUGAAUUGCGUCGUGAGAUGCAAAACAGCCCCUCUCUCUCCCAAAUCUCCAGUCUCCACCGCCUUGCCCGACAGCUAGCAACUCUAAAGCGAAUGUACGAGACCAAAAAGAUAAUAAUCGACAAUGUCCUGUACCGCCAAGAAAACUCUCACAAAAAGAACACCCCACGAUCAGUCGCCCCAACUGCUCCUUUCACUGGGUUCCCACAGAGCCCCAUCGCUCCAAUGGGAGAUCCAGACGUUCUCGGUGUCCCCCUCAACCCCCUCGCAAUCGCAAAAUUCGAACGCCUAAGGGAUAGGAUAAAGCUUUAUGCCCUCGGCGAGAUCAACGACUGUCUGCAGGAGAAAUCGGAACUGGUAGAUAUGACGUUCAAUCUCAUUGCCCUGCGAGAAUCGGAGUCAGUAGAGCGACUCACUCGCGUUGCUAUCCUGCUUACGAAAUUCGCGUUUGUGUUUGUCCCGCUCACGCUCAUCACUGGGUACUUUUCUAUGCAACUGAAGGAUUUGCAGGGCGUUUACAGACAACGGGACUUUUGGGGCGCUAGUGGAGUUUUCAUGUUUAUUACUAUUUUAGUACUGUAUACUAUUGGGAAGGCGACAGACACUAUGGAGGGUGCGAGGGUGUGGAGAGGGUUUAAGGCGGUUUGGCUGGGGUGUUUUGGGAAGAAGAGGGCGCAAAGAACGAGAAGGGGGAGUCGGCAGUGGUGA